AGAAGAUCAAAAAGCAGCGUAAACAACGUUGUUGCACGUGCGGCAUUUAAUUAAUAUUAUUUGGACCAUGUCGACUCGUAUGGAACUACUUAGUGAACAAGGAUUGCGUCUGGAUGGCCGCCGACCGCACGAGCUGCGCCAUAUCAAGUGCAAACUAGGUGUAUUUGAGCAGCCUGAUGGCAGCGCCUACAUGGAACAAGGAAAUACAAAAGUUCUGGCAGCCGUGUACGGACCGCAUCAAGCCAAGGGGAAAAAAACAGAAGGCAACGAUCUGGUUAUAAAUUGUCAAUACAGUCAGGCCACGUUUUCUACUUCGGAACGUAAAAAUCGGCCGCGUGGUGAUCGGAAAUCACAGGAGUUUAAAAUGUACUUACAGCAGGCGCUAAGCGCAGCUAUCAAAUCCGAGUUGUAUCCACGCUCUCAGAUCGACAUAUACGUGGAAGUUCUGCAGGCGGACGGUGCUAACUAUGCUGUUUCCCUAAACGCUGCCACUCUGGCUCUCAUCGAUGCGGGCAUAUGUUUAAACGAAUUUGUUGUUGCCUGCACGGCAUCCCUAAGCAAUGCCAACAUUCCGCUCACUGACAUCUCACACAUCGAAGAGGUCUCCGGUGGUCCCAAGCUAACCAUAGCAGCAUUACCUACUGCCGAAAAGAUUGCAUUUAUGGAGAUGAGCGAACGCUUUCAUAUUGACCAAUUAGAGACGGUCAUAGAGACCGCGAUGGCCGGUUGUCGCGAGAUUCGAGACAUUCUGGAGUCGGCAGUUAAGGAGCAUCUUAUUCACAUUGGCAGCGCAGCCGAUUGGGCGCGCGUCUGUUAAAAUAAAGCAAUUUU